ACCAGUGUUCUGGCAACAGAAUUGUAAAUAACAAAUCUCUGCAAUCUACAGCCCGACGGACAAAUAAAUCAUCUGUCCUUUGCUCGAAGAUGGUUACCAGGAUCCUUUAGUGAAAUAAACUGCUGGGUAAAAGCCCUCUUGCUUCUCAACUCAUAUUUGCCUCGCACGUUAUGUUUACACGUCAGAGUAAAGGCAGAAUCAUGGCUGCCCGCCUCAGUAAGGAGAUACCCUGAGCUUCUUUAUCUAGUCUGAACGUUGUAGGGAUCGAAAAUUAGCAUGACGGAAGGAAGCAAUAUGUCUUAUCUCUCGUACAAUGAGAUACCAAGUAAAAUGCGCCAGAACUUCAUACUGUCAGGAUACCGGAGGUUGAACUGUUCUGCAAUGGAGUGUUUGAUUUCAGUCUUUCUGCCCACAAGCGAAACGUUUAACUUCUGGACACAUUACAUCCCACUGCUUUUCUUUCUGUACAGAUUUUAUCACUUGUUUUUCCUAAAUGCAGAGUUUGGCUAUGGCCACCCCUUUCUUUUACCCAUGUGGUCCUUUGCGUUUGGAGUAUCAUUCAGCCUAACCAUAAGCUGCACUACCCACGUCUUCAACUGUGUCUCACUAUGGCUGCAUGAAACGUUUUACUAUAUGAAUAUGAUUGCCUUGAACGUUUAUGGUUUUGGAUCAGUGAUUGCCUGUUACUAUUAUAUUUUGCCAACACUGAACGUAAUGGAUGUCACUCGAGUAUCUCAGUUAAUGCAAAGACAUGGACGAUAUACAGAAUACAGUGUUCUGCUUAAGACGUACAAUGCCAUUUGCAUUCCUGCCACCUUCUUACUGCUCAUUGUCAGCACCAUUGCUGCCUGCAAAACGUACCUCGACUCUAUGCAAUAUCACCUUGCGAUCCGAGCAGCAGCGUUGGCCAUACCACUCAGCGUGACAUUUCCCAUCUUCAUCGAAACUUUGUUCUUCGAACUUCACUUGAGUAAUGCUACCUUAUUCUUUUACUUUUGCAGACAACGCACUUGGCUGGGAUUGUCACUUUUUUUCACUGUCAGCAAAGUUCCAGAAAAGAUUUGGCCAGGGCACUUUGACAUCUUAGGGCACAGUCAUCAGUGGGUUCACGUCUUUACUUCCUUCGCUCUUUAUGAUCAACUGUGUUAUUUGGAACAUGGACUAAAUACUUUUGCUAAAACUUCACCACCCUACCCACGGUUUGCUGGCACAGUGGGUCCAAUGUUUCUUUUGUUAGGUAGCCUUCUGAUAGCCAUUCAAAUAUUUGCUAAGUAUUCUCAAAUUUCUGUGCAAGAUUAAUAAAUAUUAACAUUUUAAUGCU